UAAUUCCUCUAGAUCGCAUCUUUGGAGAAUUAUUUAAUUUGAUCAUUGUUUGUUUACAUCCUGCCAGCUCCCAAAAGAAUUUACCGAUUGCGAGGCCGCUUUUUCGGCAGAUCUGAACGCUGAGCCGAAAAUGGACCUCUUUCCCAUCAAAUUAAGUUUGAAGCCGCGGCUGGUGGACCCGCUGUGGUUCAGCGUUGACAAACCGUGCGACGAAGAGGCUGAAAUAUUCGCCAUGGAGCAGGAGCUGUCAACCACGCUGGAAUCGAUUGCGAACAAGGACAGCGACGCGCCCGUCUUCGGCAAGAGCAACUCGGAACAGAUGGAGGAGAUCGAGGAGGAUGAAGAGGAGGAGGAGGAAGAGGACAACGAUUCGGACAGCCGCGGCGAAGACGAGGAGGAGGAGGACCUCGACCUGGACCACGACCACAUGGACUUGACCUACGAGCACGCCGACUCGCCGGAGGAAACCUGAGCAGCCGAGCACACUUUUUCUGUGUUUAUUUCAAGACUGCCGCGCUCUUCUGCUUUUUUCUGAAUUUAUUGUACAUUUAUCAUCUUGAUAGCCAAAAAUUGGCGUUUCUCAUGGGAUUGUAUUUAAAAUAAAAUAUUAUCACUUUGC